CAUUUCAUUUAGUACAGUAGUUAGAAACACUUGUUAGAAGUGAAAGGAAUUUCAAUCAAUAUUUGAAUCUACCUUUUGUGAGAAUGCUGGGAGUACUGUCUUUUUACAUCGGCUCCUUGUGUACUGGUGAAUAACAAAGCCGUCUUCAAACCACAACUACACUGGGACUGAAGAUUACCUGUCUGUCUUGCUUAAGAAAGUGGAGACACUGUUGAGCGAGGGCACAAUAGUGAAAGGACAGUCUCCAGUCUCAAUGGUGAAUUCAUCCGCGGUGGAUAAGUUAUUGAUCCUGCAAGCUCCACGUGACAUAAAGUCAGAAUGUCGGCAGCGGAGAAGAGAAGCCUUGAAACCAGCAGAGAGACAUGCAAAUCGCCCGUGUGUUACUGCCUCAAUGGAUGAUAUUGACUUUGAGUAUACCCUCAGAGUUGGACAAGUAGUGAACAUCAAAGCAAAAGUGAAUCGUGCAUUUACCACAAGUCUGGAGGUUGGAAUUAAUAUUAUUUGUGAAGAUCCGUUGAGUGGAAAGCAGUGGAAAGUGUGCAAUGCAUUUGCUACCUUCGUAGCCAAGGGAGAAGGUCCUGGAAAGGUGCAGCUGAAGCCCAUUGUUCCAAGAACACCUGAGGAGAAGAUUGAGUACAGUAUUGCUGUUGAACGUCGCCGAAUGAGGUUGCUCCAUUUGGAAACCAUCAAAGAUCUGGUCUCCUCGAGCACAAUUCAAAAAGAGCCAGACUUUGAAGAGUCCCAGCAUGUUGUGCCAGCAGAGAAGACCAGGGUUGAGACCGUUGAGCUUGUCUUACCAACUCAUGCGAAUCAUCAGAGUAACACUUUUGGAGGACAGAUCAUGGCUUGGAUGGAGAGUGCGGCUACAAUUUCUGCAAGCCGUUUCUGCAAAGGACAUCCAGUGCUGAAGACUAUUGAAAUGUUUCACUUCAGGGGACCCUCACAAGUUGGAGACCGUAUAACAUUGAAGGCUAUAGUUAACAAUGCAUUUAAAAAAAGCUUUGAAGUUGGUGUCUGUGCAGAAGCUUACCAUCAAGAAGGCUGGGAAAGGAAGACACACAUCAACAGUGCGUUCAUGACCUUUGUGGUACUGGAUAAGGAUGGGCAGCUCAGCACGUUCCCCUGUGUCAAGCCAGAACCAGGGGAUGGAGAAAGAAGGUACCGUGAAGCAAGUGCACGGAAGAAAAUCCGACUUGACAGAAAAUAUAUCAUUUCAUGUAAACAAACUGAAGUACCAUUGUCUGUUCCCUGGGACCUCAGCAACCAGGUUUACCUCAGCUACAAUAAUAUCUCUGCACUAAAAACCCUGGCUGCAAAACAAAACUGGGUACUGAGCUGCACACGGAAGAAGGCAAAACUUUUUACGCUAGAAGAGGAUCAGUUAAUAUUCUUCAAAGCAGAAAUGACUGUUUCUGUAAACAUCAAGCAAGUCUUCCUCCUGCUGUCUGAUAUGAGCCGUCGACAUGAGUGGGACACUCACUACCAAAAAUUUAAGUUGAUACAAAAAGUGGAUGAGGAUGAUGUCAUCUAUCAUGUGAUCUCUCCUUCUGUCAACAAGGCCGGCAACUUUCAGGAUUUUGUUCUACUGGCAUCUCGGAGAGUACCAUGUGCUGAUGGGGACCCCUAUCUGAUAGCCCUCCGAUCGGUAAGUCUUCCUGCAGCUCCACCAACCGAGGGCCUUGAUAGGGGCGAAAUAUCCUGCGCUGGGUUUAAACUUUGUCAGAAAGGAGAGGCAUGCACCAAUAUUGCCUAUUACAUCCAGGCAACCCCUCAAGUUCUCCCUUACCUCACGCGUGACAUCACUGGACUGUCAUCAGAUGUAUGCAAAAUUGUUGAGGCUUGUAAUGAAUUUCUUGAACAAAAUAAGGAUACCGUCCAUCCACUUGGCAGUGUGACAUUGGGUGGGACUUGACACAGAUCCUCAUCAUGUUUUGCUGUCCCACUGGCUUUGGUGCUCAUGAAGAGAAUGUUUUUAGAUAAAAAUUAAAAAAAAGGCGAAAGCUUAGUUGUGAACAAAUAGCACCGGGACUUCUAGUUAAGCAUAUGAUCUUUGAAAUCAGAAGAGUGCAUUGCAUUUGUAUGUGAGUGUUGUAUCAAGGGAGGCUUAUUGAGUUAACAGUGGUGGAAGAACACUGCGGCCCUUGGUCACUGCCUUGUAAUUGUUUAGAGCUGUGUUUGCUGCCAUUAGCUUCUGUGUAUAAAUUUCAUUAAUUUUUGUGUAUAAAACAUAUGAUGUACAGCAUUUUAUUGCAAAUGAACAAAUUUAAUCCAUAUUUUUACAUUAAUUUUGAUAAGAUUUUACUAGAAAAAUGGUUGUAUGAGGAUUUUAAAAGAAGAGUAUUUCUGAUUUUUAACAAGGGAUCCUUUUAAAGAAAAAUAAUUCUAUUGAUGAUACCAAGCAAUUGUCAGCAACAGUCAGCUUUGUGUGCUUAUGAUAAGCUUUUAAUUUUUUGUAAUCAAUCAAUGAGCUUGUGGUGUAUGCUUGUUUUUGUAAUAAAAACACAAGCCAAUUUUCUGUUCAUUUUAGUUGAGAUUGUGGGUUUGUAAAGUUGUAUUUUCAUUCUGGUGUACUUAAUCAUCAUUUCCUUUCAACAGCAUGCACACAAUGAUAGUGUUGACAAUGCAAUUUCACAGGGAAACACAAAAUGCAAAACCCUGUAAUGCUGAAGCAAAGCUACCAAUUGAUCACAUUGCUUAGUGUAAGGGUUCAUUUUGGUGAUGAUGGAAACUGAAUGAAUGUGUAUCAUUUUAAAAAUCUGGAGUAAAAUAUUUGACCUUAAUUGUGUAAUUUACUGAUUACUAAAAAUAUGAAAUCACUGCCUUUCUAAAACAGGAACAAAUUGCACUGAUCAACUAUAAAAAUAAAUCUCCUGUUUAAAAACAAAGGUGUAGAUAUUUAAAACAAGUUGAACAUUCGAUGCUAUUCUGCAGCACUGACAAGUUGAUAGUUAUGUGAGAAGUGAUUGAAUAAAAGACAACAUUGAACUAAUGAAAUGUAAAUGUUCUUAAUUAUUUUUAUACUGCUAUAAGAACCUCCUGUGCAUGAUCAUUUUUGGAAGGUGUGCAUUUGGGAAAAUGCCAAUUAGUUCUGUAUCAAUUCUUUGGCUUGAACCACUGGCUCAAUCAACAAUUUGCAAUUUCAAUCAACAAUCAGGAAGAACCUCUGGUUUAAAAUCUGGAUUUGGAGAUGAGGAGCUAUGUGGCUGAAGAGAAAAGUUAUGUUGGUGUAGUUGUUUGGAAGUACCAUUUAGCAACUUAUAAGAACUGAACGGGGUCUCAAGGUACCCAGACACCUGCAGUGAAUAGCUAGUCACUAUUUCAUUUUAGGGCCUCAGGUGUAAAAAGGUUUUCAAGGAAGGAAACUAGAUAGAUCUGGGGAGUUUGAGUUUGACAGUCCAGAUAGCUGCCAAUAGAUGAGGACAAAAGGACAAAGGGUUAGGAAGUACAGUGGAGGGAUAGAGUGCGGGUGGGUAUCACACUGGAGAAACCUCGACUGGGUGAGUGGUGAGGCCAAGAUGGAGUUAAGCACAGAAUCUGAACCACGUGUUUGAGAAGUUGCAAGGACUGGAAAGGAGAAGGGUGACAGGCGACGGUCCAGUGGAGUCAAUGGAGAUCCCAAACGGUUGGAGAUUUUUAAUGAGCAGAGAUUUGCAGUGAAUGGAAGAUGAGUGGUCAUCUAGGUUGAUUUUGGAUUGGACACAUUAAAGAUGAAAAGGAAAAUGUGGCAAAUAACUGGGGUAGGAACAGUUUUGGGAGGCAUUCAAAAUGGAACUAGGUGGGUUUUUAAAACCAUGGAGACUGUUGAGAGCACUUCAGAAACUAGCUUCUAAAAUGUUCCGAAUAUUUAAAAAAUCUCACUGGUUACUAUCUUAAAUAGCUUUGUGCAAUAUGACUUGGUGUUUGAACCAUGCGAUUGCUAUUAAUACAUCUGCUGGAUGUCAAGAACUAGAAGAAUAUCACUUAUUAAAGAAGUAUGAAUCCAGUAUUCUCUAAUAUGUUAGAUCCAGGAAAGAUGAACACUCUGCCCAGCUGUAGCUUUUGGCGUGUUCUACAGGAUAGAAUUUUUGGAGGAGGAGAGGCCAUUCAGUUAUUCCUGCUGCAAAUUAAAGUUCAUGACACAAUAUCUCUUUAUUUUAAUUUGUUGUCCAUCUGCAACUUGCAACAUCACACCGCUCUUUACAUUGGCAACACAGCAGUGGAACCUGCGAGCAACUUCAAACUCCUGGGAGUGCACACCUUGCCCAGCCUCUCUCAAUCAGGAAAGCUCACCAAUGCCUCUACUGAAGACAGCUGGACUAUGCCAAUGUCAUUCUCAGAUGCGCAGUACAAAGCUGCAUCACUGCUUGGUAUGGAAACUGCACUGUGAGACAGGAAGGCUCUACAGUGGGUAGUCAGAACCGCCCAAUGCAUCACCGGCACUAGCCUACCCACCAUUAAAGACAUGUAUACAGAAAGGUACUGGAAAACAUCAUUAAGGAUCCCACCUGCCCUGUUUAUAGACUUGUUUUACUCCCUGAUGGAAGUGGGACAGCUACGUAGCAUCCACGCCAGGGCCAGCAGACUCAAAAACAGUCACCUUUCCCAAACAAUAAGGCUGA